CAUAAAUAAGAACAUCAAGAUAGCGUAUCAUUCAGUCUGACCUUGCUAGUGGAACGAGUCAUGAAGAUCUUCGUCUGCUUUGCCCUAUUUGUCGUCUGCUGCGCACAGGUUCCAGCACCCUGUGAAUCGCCGAAGCAAUGGACAGGGAGACGUAUACGCAUGGACAGAUACAAGCAGUUUUAUGAGCUGGCUGAGCACUACUACGACGAGAUGUAUAUGCGCACGUUUAGCAAAGAAGAACGCGAGGUGGGAAAGGAGCGUGAUUACUAUGCUAAACUUCAUCUUUAUAACGAGGGUUUGAACUACACGCUGAAUCUAAAAACUAUGCAAUGUACGGUGACUAAACUGACCCAUUCUUUCCGCCGUGUCGGUAUACAACCGGAUGCACGUUUCCUAUUUGAAGGAGAGUAUGGAGCCGCCGGAAUCCCAGCAGAAUCCAUCAUCGCAGCGACAUUUGGUGGAAAAUUUGACGAUGGUGCGGAAUACUUAGUUACAGUUGUAGAACCAGACUGCAUACCGUUGAUGUUCGACGUUCGCAGCAACACUACAGAUGAACACUACGAGGAAAGGUAUUACGACUUGCAUUUGGGGAUCAGUGACCCGAGUGUAUUCAUACCUCCCAAGGAAUGCACGAUGAUUCCAGUUCCUUCAUAAACUAAAAAGCACUGUCAUGUAAUGCAGAACUUUAAAAAAAGUACUGCCUUUAUGUAACAAACAGAAUUUCCAGUUAUUGUUUAAAGCAUAUAGUCAUUAUGUAAUAUAGAAUUACAUAUAAACCUUAUAAACUACUUUUGUUAUUUAAUAUAGAAUUUACGAACGGAAUGUGAAUAAAACUGUCCGCUAGUUA